GCAUUUGAUUGGCUGAUGGAGGCAAUGAUGUCCGGAAACAAAACGGUCUAAAAAAUGUAUUCAUUUUUACCCGCGGUGGCGGAACAACUUUUCAAAGAUAUUCAGAAAACAUAUCAAGAAACAUCUCAAAGUGAGUAAAAAGUGUUAGAAAUACAUUUCUGUGACACGUUGUAUCUGUAAUUUAUCAAGUUCAACGUUGCUUUGGCGGUGCAGCGCCUGUAGGCAGAAUGUGAGGUAAGCUUCUUCAGGGAGGAACGAUUGACGUCUCUGCGUCACUGAUGAAACGAGCUGUGUCACCGUUUACGUUCAAUAUUACAUUUAAUGAUAAACACACAAUUUAGUGAUAAAUACAGUCCGUGUUGCGCUUCAGUGAGUGUUAAAAGUGCAGUUCAGCAUGUAGGCUGUGGGUGGCGCUGCUUGAACGUCUUAUUUCUUUGUUGAUUAAGAACGUACACACAAUUAUUUAAUAGAUAUCUUAAAUCAAUAAAAAAAAAAUCGUAAAUACAGUGAGGAAAAAGAAUAGGACAAAAAAAGUAAGAUAAAAUUAAUAGACAUUGGCUUUGGCUUUUCUUUUAAAUUGUGACAAUACAAAAAUGUUACUUUUCAUUCUCUUUUUAAGGGUCUUAAUGUGCUUCAACAGUUGUAUGGAUGCACAGUAUAAUCAACUCUAUAUCAGUACACCAGCAGGUAAACAUAUUUCUGUCAUUCAUAGAUCAUGAGCACACAAUUUAUACACUUCCAAAACAAGCCACAUCAUAUCUGCUGGAUGGUAGUAUUUUUUAAGAGUCAAAAACAGAAAACUAGUAAGUAGUUUGCUAUGUUUGUAAAGCACAGAUUAUGGGGAGGAGCUAAACAAGACUUUUACAAAAGAGUCAACAGCCCUGUAACACCGAGAGAACACAUUUCUCAUUAGUGGGAGAAAAUGCAAGAAUCAAACAUGUUGCAUCCCCUCUCUCAAUGAUCUUAUACAUCUACAAAGAUGACAAAGAAAUCCCAAUAUUAGCAGAGAUAGACAUUUGUCAUCACUGACACAUUUUUAGAAUUGUAUGUACCAUUAUAAACACAUAACAUUUAAUCCAAGGGUUCUUGUAGGUGUGUUUACAGCAAAUAUGUUGACCUGGUUAAGUUGGAAAGUUCCGGCGGUUCUAUAAAUAUCACAAAGGAUUGUAUGAUAUUUUUGUGUCAUGGCCUACAAACAAGAAAUAAAUACAAGUCAGCUGUGAUCUAUUUUCUUACAUGCACCUGUGCUGUGAAACAAGCCGGUUGUGUUUGCUGGCUCACUAAAAGGAUUUAUUGGCACAAAUACAUGAAGCUGAGCUGUCUUAUCUGGGCCAACGGUGGUUUUGGGAAAAGCAUAUCUGUCACUGUGAUUCUCAAAACUCUGCCCUCUGUCUAAAUGACCAGCCAUAACAUGAAUAUGCUAUAUCAUGCAUUGUAAAAUACUGUCUGUGCACAUUUCGGUAGCGGCGGACGUGCAGUUUUCUGGGACUGUUUUACCGUACCAGGUUAUUUUUAGACCAUCAGACUGAAAAACCAGUUUGGCUUCACCUCAGAAACAGGAUUUUAAUUCAUAUAAUUAGGUCACACCUGAGGACUGUACAUAUCUGUUGAUUUCAGGAAUUGAUGCAAAGGCAGGGCCUAUUUUUAACCCAAUCAACUGUAACAGUAACUUCAGCUUCUUUCUCUUCUUCUAUCUACCCAUCAGCCUGACAACUUGGCUACUUGGAAUAAAUGGGGAAGAAGUUAUUUGCUCUAUUAAAGCUAACACCUACAUUAACAUUGGUGUUUGGCUUGAAGUCUCUUAAAAAUAGCUACUUUUCGUGGUAGAGCUGAUACUGUUUGCAGCAGUUCCCAAUCUAGCUUCUGUUUUUUUUUUUCAGCUGGUUUCUCAACAAAGGGGCUGAGCUGACCGAAAUCCAUUUUUGGUGAUACACUCAUUAUUGACCUCAACCUCACUUUAAGAAAACAAAAAAACAAGCUAUCUCUUUAAACCUUGCUUUUAAUUAUUUAAUCAGUAAAUUUUGAGCAGAUUGGGGUUGAACAUACAGGCCUCUCUCUUCAAAUACAGUCAUACUGUGUUGCUCAAUGAAAUGUGAGCAGUACUCGUGCUUAUCUGUAGUUCUCUGGUUGCUUGGAACUUCUUUUUUUUCUCAUUAUUCAAAUAAGUGUAGAUGAGGAGACAGAGGUCUGUGUGUGCAUCAUAAAGUCCUUUUUUGUCUCAACAUGAAAACAUAAAGAAGAAUGGUCUCUCUGCUGUAUCUCUCUGAAAUGUUAUUUUUCUUUCUUGCAGUUCCUGAUGACCUGCUUCUUGCGUAAGUACAAAUCUUAUUUUCAAGACAUGCAAACAGUUUUUGACGCUCAAGGCUCGCCAUCAACAAUGACAAAAAAACCUUCCUGGUCUAACUCAUGAUGCAAGUAAAGAAGGCACAUGGCUGAAUCUAAGUGGGUACGAAAAGCAGAAGCCACACUGAGGAAGAUGAAAAUGACAGUUUUACAGUCUGGAUUUACCAAAGUGACGCAGCUGGCUGAGACACAGCGUCAUGAUUCUGCUCUGUGUCUUCACUGAAACACUUCUUGGAACAGUGCUUUGACUUUCUGAGAGUGAAGAGGUACUUGUUGCCCGGGUCAUUGUGGCCACAUCCUGUCUGUUUGUCAGGAAGCCUCUGAUUUAGAGGCUCUCCAUUACAAUCAGGAAACUCUGUUUAAUUAGAUGGCUAACCUUCAGUUUCACUGAUUUCUGCCUCUUCAACAAUAAUCUCCUUUCAACAUUGGUUGUUGCCAGUAAAAUUGAUUAAAAAUUGACAAUUUUUUGAUGCUAAGCAAAGGAUCAUUGCUUAUUCAACUUUUAAAGUUGUCACUUUAAAGCUAAAAAGUUACACAAUAACAACGAAAACACGUUGCAUUAGUGAAAUAUUGAUUAAACUAUACAGAGUCAAUGAACACGAUAAAAGACGACAGUGUGGCAUUUAUUAAAUAAAUGAAAGAUGCAAGAUUAUUAAACGGUAAUCACUCAAUAGGUUGAAAAAACGUUUCAUUCAUUUGUGUGUUUUUAAUCAAUUUUUAGAAAGACUGUUGAAAAGUGUUCUGUAUAUGUUAUUGUAGUUUUAUAGUACAAUUACAAAAAAAAAAAAGAAAGCAUCAUCUUUUCUUACAACCAAUAAACCAAAUAUUUCUUUCACAACAACAAAAUCAGAGCAAACAAAAUUAGCUUUAGAUCAGAAGGAACUUCUGUGGUAAAGAAGCUCCAUUCAGCCCCUCAAUCAAAGUGUUGAAGAAACACAAAACACUGAAAUUGGAUGUAAUUAAAUUAGUUAAUGUGGAACUGUCAUGUGACAUGAGGACGUAGAGCACAGACCUAUUUGCCUGAAAGACAAAGAUUGAUACGUCAUUGGUGGACACGACAUGUUUUGGAUGUUUCAAAUCUUUUACUCCCCCCUCAUUUUUCCUCUCUCACAUCUUUCAGGUUGAAGUUUGUUUUUGGGUCUUGUGCGCUGCAGGCCUUGGACCUGGUCGACCAGCGAUCAGUCACCUGUGUGUCAUCUCCCAGUGGACGCAAAGCAUUCCAGGUCUGUGAAACUUGAGUUGACUCUGUAACAUAACAAACUGUAGCCCAUGUUUUUGAUAUGACAAAUGUUCCUUUUUUUUUUACUCACCUGUUUUUCAAACAGGUGGAAUUUACCCCCUUUGGGACUAAUAAAGGUAUACCUUAGUGGUUCUCAACUGGUCUCACUCUGGGGCCCACAUUUUCCCAUGGUCCUGAAGUUAUGACCCACUUUUAUAGAAUUCAAACCAAGCAAAUUUAUUUUUUAUUAAAAAAACCUUGAAAGACUCAAAUCUUUAACACAAAUACACCCAUUUUUUUGAAUAAAGUGCAUUUCAGAGCACAUGAAUUGAGGACAACAACUAUUUAAGUUGCAUAUACAGAAAGUAUCAAAUAUCAAAAAAAUAUCAAAUUGUGUUGAAUGUUAUUUUUCAAAAUAAAAGACCGGUCAAACAUCAGAUGCGCAUUACAUAUUUACUUUACUGACCAGCUGUUUGCGACCCAUCCAGAACGUGUCCACAACCCACUUAUGGGUCGGGACCCACCAGUUGAGAACCACUGGUAUAUCUUAUCUUAAGAUAAGCAGAAGUAUCUCACAGCAGUGACCCAAGGAAAACUCAAAUUAUCUGUGAAACCUUUUGUCUCACCUUCAUCCUUCCAUCCAUCAACCCAUUGUCUGGGCUUCUUAUCCUGUAAGAGGACACAGUGUGCUGUAGCUCAUCCAAGCUAUUGUUGGUCAAGAGGCAGUGUGCACUCUUUAGAGGUCACCUGUUUAUCACAAGGCUGACACAUUGAGACAAAUGGCCACCCAUACUCUAUUUUACACUUAACACGUUACCCCAGCUGUGCCUCUAAUGCUUCAAAACUUGACUGAUGUUAAAAAAAAAUUCACCCCCAGUAAGUGGAGCCAGUCAGACCAAAACCACUUUUGUACCCGGCUUUAAACAUUUCACUUUGGCAGUAAAGAGUGGCUGUGUCUGUGGUUUCAGAUGCUUUUGCACUCAGCCUCAAAUGGACACUGAAGGAACUGCAUUUUAUAACACCUCUGCAUUGGCUUCAUUUCUCAAAACUGGAGACUGACGCCACCAUCCAGAUGAGGGAUCAAACCAGGAGGCCACAGUGCAGACCACUAUCAGUUUCGACAUAGAAAGAGCUUGUAGGCACGUCCUUUAAUUUUUUUUUAUUGAAAGGAAGAGAAAACAUCUCUUAAAAUAAGUUGCUGGUGAAUUUUGUUGGAGGAAGAGAAUAAAGAGUAACUUUUUUUAGGGUAGAGAUUUGUCUUUGACACAUGUGGAAAAAUAUAUGCAAUGAACAACACAGGCCACUGUUUUAGGGUUUCUAUCAUCCACACCCUUUGACAGCAAAUACUGUUUACAACUAAAUUACCCAGGGACAUCAGUACUGUCAGUUUUUUUGAGUCCUAGAAGUCCAGUCAAUUGUGUUUUAUUACUUUUAAAUUCAGAAUGAAAUACUGCAGCUGAUUUCUAUCACCAGAAAACAUCAGAUACACAACUAAACAGUUUGUUUAUGUUUCUUCUUGGUCAAGAUUGAAGAGACGGUCAGCUGAUUACCACCUUCUUCUUUUUAACAUACUGAAAGUGAGAAGUUGGCUUUGCAUUUUCUGCAAAGUUUAAUCUCACUGUCUGAGAAUGUAGCCUGGUGUGUUUUAUCUCUAAAGAAACUAUGAAUCAAGCUUCACAUAAUUCCUAUUUUUUUUUAUAAUUCCUAAUCCUGUCCAGGCAUGGCUAACUCUGAUAAAUACACUCCUGUGUCUUAAUUGGAUGCUGAUCUAAUUCUCAUAAAUCUAUGACAGAGACACUAAGAGGUAGAUCCAGUGACUCUGAGAUUACAGCAUACGUGUUAAUACCUCUUUGGUUUAUAUAAAAGGCUGUGACUCUGCAUUGAUUUAGCAGUACAGUGAACUCUUAAAUACGCAUAUUUAUUAUAAUCCUGAACUUCUGAAAGAGUUUAGCUCAUAAAACCAAACGACCAUAGACAGAGUGCUUUUCUAAAAAACUGCCCAGUGUGACCCUGUCCAUGAAAUAAAAUAAUAGUCUCACUAUGACAUAGAUUGACCUGCAUUUGGGAAAAUGAAGCAGUCCGCUGAGACUGUGGUCAUUGUGACCCAAAUUUCCUGUAAACUCCAUCAAGAACAAAACAACAAUUUUAUGAAAGGAACCAAAAAUACAAUGCAGCUAAAUAAAGACACGGAUUCUGCCCUGCUGGACGUUUCAGUUCAAUUGUUGGUCAUUUUAUUGUUUCACUUCUUUUCCCUCAAGGCUGCCUGGGGUUCAUUGGUCAGGCAGCUUGUAUUGAAGAUGAUUAAAUUAAUUCUCAGUGUUCAUUGGUUUCUGCUCUGGAGAUUCCCUCUUUGAAAUGUCAUCUUGAUCUAAGUUUCUAGACUUUUUCUGUGACUGUGGAUUCUGAAAUCAUCCAGUACAUACAGUAGAUUAAUGAGAAAGUGGUCUAUUUUUUUUAAUUGUUUUGGAGUUGGAAAAUAAGCAUUAGCAGAAAACACAUAACAAGCAUUUUACUCACAUCUUAUAACUUGUCAAUUCUCCUGUCAAUAUGUGUACAUUAGAUAUCUGAUGAACCAGUGAAACCCUGAAGUCUGUGCUCCUGAUAAAAUCGAGGUUACAUUCAGUCUGUCUCGCAGCGGAGAUAAUGAAUUGAUCAAAAGAUGUUGUUAAACUGUUGAACAAAACAAGUUUUCAAAGGAGGAAACUUUUAGCUGAAAGAUGUCUUGACAGGAUUUCAUCACUACCGACGAAACCUCCUUUAUUUCAAAGAUUGAUCAGUCAUUCGGGGAAUUUGUAAAAUUCUGAUUAAGAUUUAUUUGACACCUACAGUUUCAUGAAAAACUUUGAACUCUGAGAACAAAAUGAAAAUUAGCUGAGCACAAAGGUUGCUUGUCAGACCAUUUAUGUUCAAAUCUGUGGGGCUGCACUUUCCCCCUCUGUGUUUUCUUGACAGCUUCUGCUGCUCUGCAACACCUCAGUUUCAACAUCACUCACACACUGAACAAACGUAGGCUGUCAUCAGAUGCAGGUGUUUAAUGAUGCCAACAGUUUAAUCGUUUAGUUAAUGUGCUUAUUCAAUUGGAAAAAACUUUCCUCCUAAGAGAAACAAAAUCGAAAGGUAUCUCAUUUUUUUACAAGUAGUUAACACUUUUCAAAUCAUUUUUUGAAAACCUUUGAAUCCUUUAACCAUCAGAAUGAAAGCUCAAUAUUGAAGUAAAAUGUUUAAACCAGUUCACAAAUGGAGUAUACAUGUAUCCUAUAAUAAAUAAUCAAUGUUUUCUGGGAAAAAAUAAACAAGAAUAAGGGACACUAAAACAUUCUUGUCCUUCUAAGCAGAGACACCAUCUAUAUUGUUAACCUUUUCAAUUGAAUGAAUUCUUGGAUUCAAUAUAAUGUUGAAAUAAUGUUUCUAAACAAAAAUUCACUCUGUGAACUUCCUCUUUGUAUCCUUUUUGGCACUCUCUGUGGCCAAAGUGUAAUCUCCGUCCUCUUCGCUGAUCUUGUCCUGCACAUGUCUACGAGAUUAAAUCACAUCCUGCUGACUGUGUUCAGUCAAAUGUUGCUCUUAUUGUAAAUAUUGUCUGUGAGAAAGUAGAAAAAAGAUGUUUAGUCAUCAUGCGGUCAAGUGUCUGUUCUGCUAUCUACCAUUCAGUCCAUCCGGAUUCAGAACCACUUCACAACAAGAAGCUUCUCAUGGGGCUUUGAAAAUUAAAAUUUUGUUCCUUUCUUUUUUAAAUCGUGUAUAUGAUUAACUGUAAACCAGAACAAAAGCUUUCCAACAAUCUCUUGCUCAAUACUUUUCCUUUCACAUAAUUCACCCAAGAGCAGAAUGAGUCAUGAGCACUGUGGUUUGUUUUAUAGGAAACAACAAAGUAUGAAAUAUUUGGGAAAAUUCUUACAAACAACUUAUUUUUGUCAUUCUUAUGAAGGAUAACAGCCUCAUGUGAUCAUUGGGGGAUUUGUAAAUUUACCCUGCAGUGUAGAUCACUAGAUCUUUGAAACUACGAAAGCCUGUUACAAAAUACAAACUGUAAUCAUCGUCAUCAAGUCUAACUGUGCAAACUAACUUCCUGAUAAUUUUCGGCUGACUUUGAAAAACAAGCUCCUCUUUAAAGGACUGUGAGUGUCAACAUGACUUUACCAGGAAGUUUUACAACAUAAACAGCGCAGUAAUGAUGUUCUUCCUCCUCUUGGUGAUAAAUCUCUGACGAUGGCGUUUGUUUUGUAACGCCGAGUGUGGUUCCUGUUAUCUUGGAAGGUCUGUUUUAUGUUUGAACCAUAAGUGAUGCAUGAAGUGGGGCUUGAGUUUACACAGUGUCUGUCUCAAAGCUGUGCUGUCUCAAUAUUUAGGUUAUCCUGCUCCUUAAAAUCAGAUUUGUCAAUGAGGACUUCAGAGGGUGCAAACUAACCUUCUAACUCUUCUAACUACCUAACUCUUCCUUCUGAAACCCUGACAUCACCGUCAUGACAUUUAGAUAUGAUUUCCUGUUAGAUUAUAACCCCAGUGUGUCUGUGACUUUUGAAAAAUAAAAGCUAGGGCCUGGGGGACAGGAAGUGAUGAUGGCACUCUGAGGAUCAAAGGUUGACUCAUGACAGACGUGACCUUUCAGGCUGCAUGAUUCUCCUCAGGAUAGACUGUAUUUGGGCAGCAAAUACUAGCUACUGUGAGUAAGAAGAGUGAGUUAAACCUCUGGUAGUGAGGAAAGGCAGUGAUGACAUUUUGAGGGGCACAGACUGUAAAAAAAAAAAAACACCCAACCACAACUUAACAUUCAAAUUCUGACAGUCCUUACAAAUGUCCGCUGAGGUGGUGAAAGGAUGACAAAGCAUAUUUCUGCAGAGUUUUUAGAUCCCUGUCAUUAGACACAUGUUUUAAUUUAAGUUAAGCGCUGUAACCACAGCAAAGUCAUGCACUGAGCAAUAACCUGUGUGCACAGUUUGUGUUUCAGUCUACUCUCCAUCCUGGUACUUCAGCAACUUUCUCAACAAGUAGGCCGAGCCGUCUGAAAUCCCCUGUAGAAAACAGUCAGUCACUAUUGAAAGUACCUCAUAAAGCUCCACUUGAAAUGAUUAACUAUCCCAUCAAAUAUGUAUCUGAAUUUCGGUUGACACGAUACCUGAAUUUUAAACUUCUGAAAAACUAAAUUAUACUCAUACCUGUUUCAAUACCCAUCCAUCCAUUUUCCUUCACCUAACCGCGGUCUGGUUGUGGAGGCAGCAGUUGAAGCACGAUGACCCAGACCUUCCCCCCUGCAGCAAUAUUUUCCAGCUUCGCCUGCAGGAUUCAAAGGUGCUCCCGGGCCAAAUGCUAAAUGGGAAAUAUAAUCCCUUCAGUGAGCUUUGGGUCUACCCUGGGACUUUUAGUUGCACUUGCUCUAAUCACCUCCAAAGAGAGGCUCAAAGGGGAGCAUCUUUAUCAGAUGCCCCGACCACCUUAACAGACUCCUUUGGAUGUGAGAAAGCAACGGCUUGACUCUUUGCUCCUUUCUCAAAGCUCCUGACCCUGUCUCUAAGGCUGAGCUAGAUAACCCCUCAGAGGAAUCUCAUCACAGCCACUUUUAUCCGCAAUCUCAUUCGUCCAGUCCGCACCCAGAGCUCACGACCAUUGCAAAAUCAUUACCGGCCAACUCAGCUCCCCAUUCACCCUGACAGUCCAUAACAGUGGCUGCAUUACUGCCGAUGCAGCACCUAUCUGCCCGCCCACUCGCAAACCAGACUUCUCACCUGCACAGAAGCAUUUCAGUCUCAUGGUAACAAAACUUAACUCCUGGGCCCCAACAAUUGAGUAGCUUUUGUUUUUUACAAUCAUACUGCAAAGUUCAGGCUCAGAAAAAGUCACUGAACAGAGACUAACAAUUAACAAAUAAAUAAUUGUGUAUUUUCUGCGUCACUACUUUAAUCAGUUUGUUUUUAUUAUCCACGCUUUCUCUUUUUAUUUACUGUAUCUCUGUGUUGCUCCAUUUCUCCAGCAUCAGCACAUUUUAAUACUAUAUCAUGUUAAAGAAAAAAAAAAACAGAUUAAAUUGAUUAAAAGCACACAUGAUGAAAAAGAAUUGAAAUAUUGAAAAUUUUGACACCUUUAAUCUGCACAUAAAUUUAGCUUCUAAUUUUUCUUUUUGGAUGUUGUUUCUCAACACUUACUCAGUUUCUGCUGCUUAAGUUGCCAGUAAGAUUUCAAACAAGAAAGUCUUUUAUUUUCUUUUUUUUUCAGACAGUCGAUUCCAGGAUAGACUGAUUUAAGAAUGAGUUGAGAUUGAUCAACUUUAGUUUGGCCUUUUUGCUGUUGCAGUCUCAGUUUUGUAGAAUGACGGGACAGAUGUGAAAAGUUGGUCUCCUUCUGAGUUAAGAGGUGCCUGUGGUUAUUCUGGUCAAUAAAAAUUAGCCCUGUACCAAAGAUUUUAUCUUAAAUAAGACCAUUACUGACAAAACCGCUGUUUUGAAGACUUGACACCAUCAGACCACAAACCUUAUAGGAGAAUGAAGUCGUUUAACAGUAGACGCUCUUUGUGUAGAGUAUUGUUAGCCCAGGACUCUUCAAAUUUGACAGAAAAGAUGGAGAUUCACAGCACACUUGAGGGCUCUUGUUUGCAGUAAAUCUUCUCAUCUUAUGUCAACUUUAAUCAGAAAAUAUUUACUGUUGUAAUGAUGAAAGUAAGAAGUUGUGUCUUUCUCUCAUCUGAUUUUAAAGCACUCCUCUUUUUAAAAACCAGCGAAGUUUCUUGUGUUGGUUAGGUUAUUUGCUCUCUCCUCUUUCCUGAAAGGUGUAAUCAAAAGUAAUGAAUAACUCAUGAGAGCCUGGCAUUUCACGACUUGGAUUUGUUCCCCUUAUCUCAUUCAUACUGCUCUGUGACCUUUUCAUGGUCACAGUGGUGAUCUGUUUGGAGACAGAAGUACUGAGGAGUGUAUUCUCAACAGUAAUGAAAAUCCAUCUGAAUGAACUUUAACACAUGAUGUGUUUUUACACAAAAUAAUGUGAUUGCUGUUGAGGCCAGGUGUACUGCAGCAUUAAUUUAUUACAUUUAUUACCGUUUUUUUGCGGUUUGAAAUUGUUGUCCUUGAUUUUGGUUUAGGAGAAGUUGUCACAUUUUUCAUGCUGUACACCAAAAAACACCUGAGAAGCAACAUGUUAAGUUCAUUCAAGAAGCAAAGCAACCACUUUGCCGGGUGUCAUCUUCUAAUAUGUCUCAAAACAGUGAAAUACAUUUGCCUUCCAUUUUUACUGAUGUGUUGAUUGAGCAGAUUUAAAGGAUGGUCUCAUUUUUCUGAUGACAAAAAAGGUGUUAUUUUCUGAAAAACGUAAAUUUCAGGUACUUUGAAUUUUGGAGGGUCAUGUAGGGCUGCACGAUUUGGGCCAAAAAUAAAGUCUGUUUUUUUUUCUCUGUAAACUCUUUUUUCAAUUUCAAUUUUUUCGUUUUGUGUCAACUUCACCAAACUGCACUCUAAUAAUAAUUUUUUCUAUUGUGUCUAAAGACAAAACCAUUGCAAAUGAUGAAGUGCAUAUGCCAAGCCAGUAAUUGGCGCUGUAACGCUGCUGAGGAAAUGCACCAAAGACAGAGGAAGAGUACAAAGCAUGUGUAUAAAGUUUGUUUUAGCCGGACAAGCGCAGGCACCACAAAAGAGCAACGAUAUGUUUCACAUAAUCGUUUUGAGAGAUGCAGAUAGACAUCCACUCGAAUUUGAAAUGGUAGUCGUUUACGGAUUUAUGCACUCUCUGACCCAUUUUCAAAAAGUUUAGUUUACAGUCACCUGAAACACUGUUUCAGUGUGGAUGAAACGCUGAUACAACAAAAGCUUUGGCGUUUACUCCUGGAUUAGUUUCCGUGUAGACAGGUUGAUACCACCUUUAGACAGACUUCGCAGUGGGGGAUGGUUCGCUCUUCAUCCGAAACUGUGAAGCCGUACCAAUUCCACACAACUGACUUGCUCUAGCCCUAUUUAGCUAGUUCGUGGUUCUUACAUACAUCUAGUGAUGCUUUUCUUGGACACAUCCUCAGUGAUAGUGCCUGAGCUCAUCGGGGGUUUCGGGUCUUUCAACUUCAGACCCCCUCACUCAGGUGACCCGACCGGGGUGAUCAGUUCCCGGCCCGUGUCCAAGAAGCACUCAACCACUGCUUAUCCCUCUGGAUCCACAGCCAUUGCGAGGCUCUCUCUGCAGCCUCAGAGGCUGUAGAGAUGGCUCUCCUCUUCCGUGCCCCUGUGAUGCCCAGGAGACUGUAGGCCUUGCAGAGUGAUUUCCCUGCAAAGCCUCUUCCCCCCACCUCAAUCGGUAGGCAUCGUGCACGCCACCCCCGUUUGCGGCACUCCUCCACCAGCUCUGCAUAUUUCUCUCUCUUUCUCUCACUUGCUUCUUCCAUUCUCUUCCCCACGGCACUGUUAGCUCCAACAUGAUGACUUGCUUGGAUGUCUCUGAGACUAGGACGAUGUCUGGCCUAAGUCUGGUUUCCACAAUGUUUUCAGGGAAUUUCAGUUGUUUUCCCAGGUCCACCCUUAGCUGCCAGUCCUUUGCUGUUCCCAGGAGGCCUGACUGGGCUUUAGGUCGGGGAGGUGGUUGAUCUCCGGCUCUUACAAAGGAGAUUUCACGCCUUGAUGGUUGUAAGCGUUUGCUCUGGAAGAUGGCAGUGUUGAUGGACUCAGCAACCGCCUUCAGCACACGAUCAUGACGCCAGCGAUAGCGGCCUUCACCAAGUGCUUUAGGACAGCUGCUGAGGAUGUGCUCCAGGGUUCCUCUUCCUUGGCACAAGGGACAUGCUGGAGUUUCAACCUUGCCCCAACAGAAGAGGUUCGAUGGGCUGGGCAGGACAUCAUAGACAGACUGAAUGAGGAAUUUAAUGCGGAGGGGUUCAGCCCUCCACAGCUCGUUCCACGAGAUUUUUCUGUCUGUGGCUUCCUCCCAUCUGGUCCACGCGCCCUGUUGCCUCAAUCCCACCCACUGGCUUGCACGCUGCUCUUCAAUUCCGGCCCUCACCUCGAGCUGGACCUGGUCCCGCCUCUCCUUGCCCUUGAGCUUGUUGUACCGGGUUGUUGGAAUGGUUCCCAGUCCUGCACGGCCGGCAGCCACCGAUCCCACGAGGUCUCUGUGGCACAGCCGUGAUUCUGCCUGGUCCACAGCCUCCUUUGCUCUCCACUUUCUGCCUGUCCUCACCUCAAUUCCUGCUUGGGAAACCUUUGGGUCCUUGGAUUCCCUGUACUGGAGAACCUCCCUCGCUCUGGCAACCAUGAACUCUUCGGUGAGGCUGUUUAUGGGGAGAGUCAGCUUGUUCUUGUUGCCGUAAAGGGCGAUGCUGCUUAGGCUUCUAGGCAGACCCAACCAUCGUCGCAGGCGGCUGCUGACCCUCCUCUCAAACCCUUCCACAGUGGAGAUGGGAAACUCAUACACCAGCAAUGGCCACAGAAUCCUAGGCAGGAUGCCAUGCUGGUAUACCCACGCCUUGAAUUUCCCCGGAAGACCUGACUUGUCGACUGUGGUCAGCCAACUCUCCAGCUGUUCGUUGGUCGCCCUGAUGGGAGCGGCAUCCUUUAGGGAGCAGUCAAAGGUUUUUCCGAGGCUCUUCACGGGCUUCUCUGUGACUGAUGGAAUGUGGGUACCUCCUAGAGAGAAGUGGAACCGGUCAGUCACCUUCCCUCUCUUCAGGACUAGAGACCUGGAUUUUUCAGGCUUGAAGCGCAUCCGGGCCCAGGUGGUCAGCCUCUCCAAGCCCUGGAGGAUCCAUCUGCAUCCUGGGACUGACACUGUUGUUACUGUCAGGUCGUCCAUAAAUGCUCUGAUGGGGGGCUGACGGAUUCCGGACUUGGAUUUGGGGCCUCUGCACUCCGACUCGGCAGACUUGACCAGCAUGUUCAUGGCCAGGGCAAAGAGUAUCACUGAAAUGGUACAUCCAGUGAUGAUCCCUUUCUCCAGUCGAUGCCGUCCAGAUGUAACUGUGCCGGAGGUGAACCUCAAGUUGAAGCUGUUGUAAUAGUCCAUGAUGAGGACUUUGAUGUUGCCAGGGACAUGGUGCCUCUCCAAUGCCACCUCCACUAGCUUGUGAGGUAUAGAGCCGUACGCAUUGGCUAGGUCUAGCCAUAGUACAGCUAGGUCUCCUUUCCCCUCUCGAGCAUCCCUGAUCAAUUGUGUCACCACGCCACUGUGUUCAAGGCAACCCGGAACCCCUGGGAUUCCCCCUUUUUGCACCGAGGGGUCGAUGUACUGGUUCUUCAGGAGGUAGUCUGACAGCCGGUGGGAAAGAAUACUGAAAAAUAUCUUCCCCUCGACGUUAAGCAGUGAGAUGGUUCUAAACUGCUCGAUGGUGGUUGCCUUCUCUUCCUUUGGAACCCAUACCCCUUCUGCAGAUCUCCAUUGUUGGGCAACUGUCCCCCUCCUCCAGAUCACCCUCAGGAUCUUCCACAGACGGUGCAGGAGCUUGGGGCAUCUCUUGUACACUAGGUAAGGUACACCAUUGGGUCCAGGUGCCGAGUUGUUUCUAGCAGCCUUGACCACCGUCUGGACUUCUUUCCAGCUGGGAACCUUGGUGUUUAAUUCAGUGGCUGGUACAGGUGGGUUGAUUAGAGCUCUGCAUUCACCUAGGUCCUCCUCCCGGGCUGCAUCACUGUAGGUGUCGUGAAGGUAGGUGUCUACUUCUUCCUUUGAGCAUGUGAGAUGGCCGCUGCGCUUCUGGCCUAGCAGCUGUUUGGUGAACCCAAUAGGAUUCGCUAAGAAUGCAGCGCGUCUUUUGGCUCUCUCCUUAGCCCGCCUUCUAUGCCACUCUGCUCGGCGGAGGGUCAGCAGCCUCCUCCUAAGGACACCACGUAGUUCUGCCAGUCCUGGCUUCUCAUCCUCACUUGCACCCUUGAACUGCUUCUUCAGGUCUCUGAGUUCCUGUCGUAGCUGUGAGAUCUUUUCUGCCCUGCGGUUCUUGUAGUACUGGUUUGUGGUAGCACGCUUCUCCAUUGAUCCGAAUCUUUCAGUGGCGAUGCUGAUGAUCAUGGUAGCCAUUGUUUGGAGUUUCCCGUCUGGCCCUCCUUUCAAGGUAGCUUCCAGGAUUCCAUCCACGUCAUCAUCGAAUUGCUGCCACUCACUCCCUUUGCUGGCUGGGGGCCACUUAACCCGCCGGUGGUGUUGUGGGAUGACUGGCGUCUGGGCUUCCAGGGCACGGAGGUUCUGGGCACUGUGGGUUGACUCCUGGCCCGGGUCCUCCUGCAUCUCACCAAGGACCUCUGGAGCACAUGGGUUCUGGGUGCUGCGGGUUUCUUCCCGCCCCAGUUCCUCCUGCGUCUCUUUGAGGUUGAUCCUUGAGCGCUGCUCUGGCUGCCUAUUCACCAAACAGCCCAUCUUGGUCUGGUGGAUCUUCAGACCCUUUGGGUUUUUGCAGCUCUUUCCGCAUACACAUACAGCAUUCGUUGUCGAUUGUCCGUUUGCGUUGGUCGUUGCCUGGUUGUCCGUCCGUUCGGGGUGCUCAUUCUCCCCCCCUCUCGGGCUCCCCUGGGGGUAUGUUUCUUUAGGGCUUUUUGUAGCUGAGUUUGGGUUCUUCCUCACGGAAGUUGCAGGUCGGGUUGCUGGCCCUUCCUGUCCCGGUUGCCGUCUUUCCGUGCUGUCUGCUGUCUCUCCAAGCUGUCACCACACUAUUCAUGGUCGUCAACCAGUCUAUUCCUGGACGUCACUGGCCUAGCCAGAAUGACAUGGUUCUUACAUACAUCUAGUGAUGCUUUUCUUGGACACAUCCUCAGUGAUAGUGCCUGAGCUCAUCGGGGGUUUCGGGUCUUUCAACUUCAGACCCCCUCACUCAGGUGACCCGACCGGGGUGAUCAGUUCCCGGCCCGUGUCCAAGAAGCACUCAACCACUGCUUAUCCCUCUGGAUCCACAGCCAUUGCGAGGCUCUCUCUGCAGCCUCAGAGGCUGUAGAGAUGGCUCUCCUCUUCCGUGCCCCUGUGAUGCCCAGGAGACUGUAGGCCUUGCAGAGUGAUUUCCCUGCAAAGCCUCUUCCCCCCACCUCAAUCGGUAGGCAUCGUGCACGCCACCCCCGUUUGCGGCACUCCUCCACCAGCUCUGCAUAUUUCUCUCUCUUUCUCUAUAGUAGUAAAUUAAUCCUUUCUUUUGCAAAUGCCAUGUUUUUUUACACUGGUGUGUGUGGGAACUGGGGAGCGCUCCUGCAGGAAAGGGGGAGCCUACAGUGGCCUGGAGGCUCGAGACAUAAUAGAGAGAAUAAAAAGAUUUGACCAUUUUAAAUUUUUAAAAAUCCUCAUAAUCAAAUAACCUAAUCACCAUUUAAAAUCGAUCAAUCGUGCAGCCUUAGAGUCAUGCUGCAACCUCUGUUGUGAUCGGUUUUUGACAUAUUUGUGACUGAAAUGUUUUGAUUUAUUCACCAAUGGUGUUAGUUUACCAAGUAAUCUUCAUUGCUUCGAUUUCAAAGAAGCUCUGUGUGGCAUAAAAGGGUUGACACAGCAGUUGACACAGUUCAUCAGAACAUUAAGCAGAUGACGGUCUUAAAGUACUUUGAUGCUGUAUCAGCUCUAAGACUCAACAGGUGAUGCAAAUAUACAGUGAGGGUUACUGCCAAGAGUUUCCUCUCUGCCACGCCUGCCAAUACUGACAGAGGGUUUUGUAUCCCAAUUACUUCCCAGAGCUUUAAGUUUCCCUGAAGUCUUGUUUGUGGUGUGGAAACAGAGGACGGAGGACUAUCCAGCUACUGGCCGGCUGACUCAUGUCUGUUUCCAGUGAAGUGAAUUCCCGUGAGAGCCACAGGAUCAGAGCUGGAGCUGAGCUUGAGAUUCAGCUCUCUCGCUCUUCCUUUAGCUGCGACUGAAAAGCAAAUUUUGAUUAAAGUGUAAUUUUAAGGAGACAUGGAUCUCAGACAGAUGGAGGUCUACAGUUUGUGGUGUCUGUUGAGGGUGUUUGCUGCUGGAUUUGCAGUGUGAGCCACAUAAACUGUAAUGACUGCAGAGAACACAAAAAGAGCCCAAGUGUGAGCUGGUUUUCAAUAAACCUGGCUCUUUGAGAACCGUGGCAGUCCUUGGCUUGGUUUCCAGAGAUUUAGUCUUUCUAUCCUGCUCUGGCUGUUUGUGGUCUUUUGUUCAUCACCAUUGAGGGGCCUUUAGUCCAUGUACUUUUGUGUCUGAUUCAUAAUGAAGUGUCACAUUUAAGAAAUGGGAAAUUUUUUUUUUUUUUUUUUACCUCAGUCGGUUACAGUGAGAUGUAAUUUAUUGACUCUGUAGAGAAUAAUGGAGUCUGCUCUGGCUUCUUCAGAGGCAUUAGUUAUUGUGGAGUGUCGAGCUAAUCCACCAGCUUAAUGUCCUCAUGCGUCAUGUGCAUGUAGACAUUUAGACUUAAAUCACUGUCUCUAUCUGAAGGUGAGCAUCUGCAUCAUGGACAGGGGGCUCUGACAACAAAAGCCAUUUGAAACCACAGUUACUGUAGAUUUAAGAAAAAAAAAACUUCUAUCCCACCUACUCCUAAAAAAGUUAAAUAAGAUUAUAAAGUCAACGGAGGCAGCAUUGAUUUGAACCUUCAUUUUUACAAAACAUUAAAAACUAGAAAGUGACAAAAACACAAUUUAAGUUGUAGUAUCGCAGUCAUGAUUGUAGAGUUCAUUACUUUUAAAGGACUCUCCAAACUAGAAGUCACUAUAUAAAGCCUUGAUGACAGUUGCUGGUACAGCACUGGUUUGUAGAUACACUGCCAAAUUAAGUUAGGUUGAAGCAGGAGGGAAAACAGCUGUGUAAAAUAUGUGCACACAUCCCAGUGAAACACCAUGACCGCUGUCUGAAUGGUUGAACAUUUUGAUUUCACACAUGGAGCAGCUGCAGGGCUCGUCCCUGUGUGACAUCACAAGUCUCGUCUCCGCAGUGUAACUUAAGGACAAAAAGUUUUGAUCUCAAAACAAGAAUCCGAGUUUACAGCCAAGUGAGUUUAAGCCAAUCAGCAACCUCAAUGUUGAAAAAUGACGUCAAUGCAGACGUGAAAAAAUGCUGUUUCUUAAGUUUCCACUCUGGUCAGCUGCAAAAGCAAAAGAAGCCUGUUAGAGCCAAUAUUAAAAAAAAACUCUUACACUAGAAUUAAACCAGACUCAUUUUUUUAACCCAUCCGUUUAAGAUCAAGACUAAGAGUUUUGCAUAAACUUACACAAUAAGGCUUGUUGCUGAUUCCACCGACAGGUGGUUGUGUUGUUCACAGUUUGUGAGGCUGUAGCUAUGAUCUGAACUCUGCCUCUUCGCCCGCUGGUCCCACUGAGCAAUAGACGGCUAUUAGAUUUCCUUUUUUUUUUUUUUUUUAGACCUAAUUUCAACCCUCUAGAUUCUGUAUAUUUUUAGACGGAAUUUAGACGUUGCACUUUAACCCAUUAUUCAAUAACUAUUUAUUUUAAAAGCAACUGUGAGUUGCAUGACUGAUCUCCAAGUACUUAACCAAAGUAGUUAUAAUAGCUGUUGAGCAAUAUACAGUGAGGUAUAGCUAUAGCCCAGAUUUAGACUUGGUCUAAACUUGGUCUAAAAAAACUUUCAUUUUUAGACCUGUGGUAGCCUGAUUUUGGACCAGUCGUUUAGGCUACAUUUAGACGUCUAUUAGACCUCUUUUAGACCAAAAAAUGCUCAGUGGUGUACUACCUCUAAAAGUCAGUCUUUCCAAUAGUGCGACUGCCAUCUUUUGACUCUGUAACCUCUUCAGAAAACCAGUCAGGGGAUGUCAUGAGACUACAUCCAUAUUUCAAACAAUCUGAGGUAUUAGCUACCUUGAUAUACUCUUUCAGUUUAUCCCCUUUUUGGUCCUGAUGCACCGCAGCCUCCUGCCUGAAACCACAGAAAGAUGGUUUCUCACAUAUUUCUGCAGCCUGACCAAAAGGUCCUGAGGCAAAGACUCUGAUCUUUCAUUGGUACCACCACUCAAAACCGCCGAACCCAACAGGACAUGGACUCCAUUAAACCUUAAAUGUUCUGUGCUUUCUAUCAUAUCUGACUUGGUUGUCCAGCCUGCCUCAUAGGGACCACGUCGCAGGUUCAGCAGUUCUCUGAUCAUGGCAGACCAGGAGCACAGUCUUUAGACUGUGAUAUAUUGUACAUAAUUUUCAAUGUGUUUUAUUUUAUUGUUUUUUCAUUAUUUCUAAGUUAAUCGACCGGAUAUAUACCUCUGUUUUUGUUUUAUCCUUUUUAUUCAUAAAAAAGUGUUAAAGACUCCUCACACAUGUCAACGCACUUGGCAGUUAAACAUGAUUCUGAAUUUCAUAGAUUUGAAAUAAUUAAAAUUAUAGCAAAACAAUUCAGAAAGUUACCUAAAAGUUUUGUAUUUCCCCUUUUUUUAUUGCAAAUCAAACAUUUUUAUAUUGCAAAUCAUUAUUUAGUAUUAAACAGCAAUAAAAUAUAAAAAUCUGAGCUGUUGUAAAAUGCAGGAAAAAGUUUAUAUCAACUGUUCAAAAAAAUGUAAAGACUAUGAAAAAACCUAGAAUGAUAGGAAGCAUAUUUAUGAGCUCACUACUCUGACUCACUGAUUCACGUCUGCACUGGUAGCUGGACGUUUGGGAAGCCGUAAAGAUUUUGUUUUCUUUCCUGUCUUUCCUGCUUUUACCGUCUCCACUGCUGCUCAGCUGCACCACAAGCAGCUGGCAGCCAAUACAAACAGCAUUGUGAUCAUAGCAGAUUUACGAGCCCUCCAAACCCAUAAAGAAACAGCUCCCACUUGUCUCUGUGUGUGAUCUCUUUAACAAGGUCAAUACCAACUUGCUGUGACAGAUAUUUGAAUCCACUUUGCAUGACUCUGCUGCAGGUAAUGGGAGGAUCAGGGCGUUUGUACACCUGCUUCAUGUCCUGUCACUUCUGCCCGUGCCCGGCCUUUGCCCACACUGUGCUCCGCAGAAAUGAGGGCCCACUGGUGAGUCUCAAGACUGCAGAUAACACCAUUGAGAUAACAGGCUUAAUUUUGCAGAGACCACAACUAUGAAGAACCAAAGGCUGGGACUAAAUAAUCACAACAUGAGAUGUGUAGUUUUUUUCAUUGAUUUUAUUUUAUUAUUAUUAUUUUAUUUUAUUUAUUUAUUUUUUUUCAGUUUUUUUUCUGACUUCUGAUAUUUUUUUUUCUACAAAUAUUUAAUUGAAUAAAAAGUGUAGUAUUUUAUUUAAUUUCAUGAUUUUUUUUAUUGAAUACCUAAUCCUAAAACACAGAUGCGCAUACACAAACUCCUGCUGAGGCUGAACUCUGCAAAGAAACUAUCUCGGGAUCAUAUGGAAAUGAUAGGAAAAAGUAUAAGUACUGCAGCAUAUUUAGACCUACAGACAGGAAAGCUGUUUCACAGAGAUUGUGCCUUGUCAGUCAGGCGUAUAUCCUGGUGAAAACUGACGCCCAAAAUUGAGACAGCGAAAUAUGUGUAACAGACGUAUGUGGUCUGUUCCUGUUCCUCUCUGGUCAUUGAGGGUGUCUCCACCCACACUGUCUGUUUUUUUAAUCUAAAUAUAUGCAAGCAUUCGGCCUGCGCUCUCACUCCAAAUAUCAGGAGGAUGUGUCUCCCUGGAGGUUGCUGCUAAAAUCAGUGUGAGAAAAAGAGAGCUGCAACAGACCACAGAGACUCCCUCUGAGCACAUCAGCUCCACCGAAAUCACGAAACCACACGAAAAGACAGAAAGUUGAAAGUACUUCCUGCUUCAGCACCUCUUAAAACCGUCUUCGUGACUCUGGAGCUGAUAUUAUGUUUUUGUUAUUUCAUGUAUAGAAGUUGCAAAAUCAGUCCUGGUGGAUUGACAUAAAUCUCAUGUUCUUCAGUCAAAAAUGAUACCCAGGAGACUGUGUGAGUUUGACCGUGCAGUCUGUAGUCCUCCCCCACUGGAGCCAGUCCGUUCGUGCAGGGGCUCAGCAGACUCAAACAUGACGGGAAAAGGCCAAAACAGGUCCAAACUUUUCUGACAAGUAGGUCAGAGGACUGAUAAAGCAGCUCUCUCACUCAGAGCAGACAGACAUGUGCUAAUAAACAGAGUGGACGGGAGAAGAAGCUGAUAAAGAGAGACCCCCCUUUUUUUCUAACAGGGAGUUGAACUCGUUGGUCAUGUGCAACACUACAUCACAGCCUUGUUAGUGUGAAGGAAACCUUAUUUAUAAUGCAUGGAACAAGCUGAGGGCGAAAACAAGUCAAUGAUUAACAUGCUAAUGUUGAUAAUAAUGAGACGUGUGCAGCCGCACGUGAACUGAAGGGACUAUUUGUCUUUUAGCACAGCUUCUGGAGUUACAUCUUAAUCAUCACGCAAACAAUUCAUGUGGGAAAUAACACAAACACGACCCUGUUAAUCACAUGUGCUGUUCAGUUGUAGAACUCUUCAGACCUUAUAUAAAUAUUGGAGAUAUUCAGUGUUUGUUUUCUUGGAUUCAGGAAAAUGUUCUGUAGGUGAAAACCGGGCUGCUUUUUCCUUUUUCUUUAUUUAGGAGAUCUUUCAAUUGAAACCUCAGGAGUGUAUUCAGAGCUUCGAUUCUACAUCAUUAAUCGCUCCAAUGCCUCUGUUCACGUCACAAAUCAGUGUCUGUGUGUUUUUUUCCUCUCCUAGUGCAAACACAUCCUGGCUGUGUACCUGUGUCAGGCCAUGGGAGUGACUCAGCAGGAGAGCGUUUCUGAUCAGCAGAUGUCCAUGCUGCUCAGCGGGACAGAGAUCCUGUGACACCUUCGUCUGUUCAGUGCUGCAGGUGUACCAGCACAGUCUUGUGGACCCUUUAGGAUGGGAGACUGUGGUUCAUAAGGACACGUAAGGUCACUGUAAAGAGGACAAGAGCAUGAGUACACAACCAUGUCAUCGGCUCUUUAGACUUCCCUCUGAAAGACACCAGAUGUUGCUUUAUCUAUUUUGGCUUUUAGAAGAAUUCUUAAUCUGUUUCCAGGGCAAUGACAUCUGUUCCUUGAGCAUGUGCGGCUUUAUUUUUAGGUCCUUUUCAUCUUAAGCUGCAUCAAUUUGGGAAGUGAAGAGGGUCGGCACGCCAAAGAAACAUUUCUCCAACAAAUUUUCCACUGCUUUAUUUGUACAUAUGUAUUAUUUAUCAUUUAAAAAAGUUCUAUCAAUAAAGACAGAUGUGUAACAAUAUAAACAAUGCCUUUAUUAAAAUAAUUCACCAUACAUACA